AUGAUCCGAUUUUUACAUGAUUCCACAGUAAAGCCGGCGAGAGGCGUAGGCCGCAGGCUGCAGCGGCGCCCGAUGAAUACCAAACGCGCGGUGAGUGCACAAUAUUUGCAUUUGGAAUUGCGCGCUCGCGGCCAAACGAGCGUAGCCGCGCUCGCUGCGUACCUGAGGCCCUCAGCCCGGGGCCCAACCGCGGCCCCGGCUAUGAAUAGCCCGCCUCCGAACGGGAGCAGCGGCUCAGUAACCGACUCGAAAUGGGCCACGCCGAGCAAUGUCGGCGGCCACCUGACGCGAGUUCUGCCCCGGCUAAUUGUCGGGCUGAUCCCGCGUCGCGGGCAUUCGAACGUGCCAAAUGCACCGCGCACGGGGCAUGCAUUAUGUAUUUGGUUUACGGCGAGGCGCGCGGCCGUGCCGGGAAUGGGCCCGCGCCGAUCGCUAUCUCGGAACCGCUCGCUACAACGGAUCAGCGCGUCGCCAGAUCCA